AAAAUACAACUGUCAUUUUUAAAUAGAGCGCGUUAGUGCAGUCGAGUGGCUAAACUAACAUCCAUUGGAAAUUACUGAAUACAUGGAACGGUACUGAAACAACAGGAAGGGAGUGUAAGGAAAUCAACUGGUUUUUACAAGCUCGUGACAAAGAUAUUGGAGAAUACACUACCGCUGGAACAAGCGCAAUUUUCGUAACCAGUGUAACUUAGAUAUAAGCAAGGUAUUGGAUGCAUAACUUCCCAUAGUUGAACAUUGCAACCUCUCUAGGAUAUAUCUAGAGUAAAUAAGUAUUUUUGUAUUUUCAGAGGUUUCACGGUGAAAACAUAAUUUAUGGAUAACCUAUGAACGACGCUAAAGUGGCCUUGAGAAUGUCCACCUACUGAUUAGGGAUAAAGAGGAUUUUAAACCUGUGUGAAGGAUAAGGAUUGUGUUUUAUGGUUGACGGUUAUGGAUAGAGAUUAGAUCCAAGGUUUCCAUCACGAACUGACACCAGCUAAAGUGCCAAGACGCUAUUUAGCCAAAAGGAUAAAGAAUUCCGCGCGGAAAUCGCAAAUCUGAUUGGUUCGUCUAUUAAUCAUAGUCUCGUCGCACACAAUCUCCCUUCUACGUUUCUCGAAAAGAUAGAUGAAACUGGUUUUAUGUAGGGGCUAUCAGCAUUGAAAAAGCUGUGUUUCCUUUUAAAUUGUUCAUUUGGUUCAUUUUCAGACUUUUCAAAGUACGUUGAAUAUCCCGUUGAUUAUGUAUUGGCUAUUAUCAUCAUGCGUUGUGCCUGUUUGCUCGUAUCUGCUUAUAAUACAUAGUGGGUCUAUCAAAAUAAUGAUGUAGAAUACAACCGGAAACUUGGCGAAAGUGCGUUUCAUUAUGUAGAGGAAGAGAUUAGUUAUCUUCCUUUAUCUAAGGCAUCCCCUAGACAUACCUUUACCGAACAUUUUGACUUCGUUGGUGUCCGUGGGUUAUGGUUUAGAGUUAGUAGCAUUGAACUGAGGAAUCUAGCAUAAAAAGCAAGAAUCUUAGCGAACAAUGUUUUUCAUAUAAGCAUUAGAGAAGUUAAUAAGUUUGCUGAUUUUCGUUUUAUGAUAGAGUUAUCAUCUUACCAGGCAUCUCAACUUUUUGCAACACGCUAAAUAAGUAAGGUUUCACAUACUCGGCUUUGGGCUGUGUUUAGUGUAGAAACCUGUGAUAACAUACAGAUAUUGAAGCUGGAUCUAAACUACGGUCUACGAUGCAAACUUUAAACGACUGAGAUAGCUGUCUUUCCAAACCAACUCACUGACAGACGUCGCUUUUUCAGAAAAACGUCACCCAGAUUCAUCCUUAGUAUAAUCCAUCUGUUAUUAAUCGUGGCAUUAAUAAACAUUGCUAGCAAGUCACUUCAUCGUAAACUGUUAAUUAAAAAUAAGUCGAACUGAGUAGGAAAUUGACAUUGGGUUGUUUUUAGGAACAUGUAUUCUCCCGAAUAUGACUUACCUCAUUGUUGUUUAUUUACUCAAAUUGAUUUAACAUACAACAAAUGUUUCAGGAAUGCUAUUAGUUCAUUAACGAUAGGCCUGAAUUUUUAUAAAUUACCAUGUUAAAUACACCUUGGCGUCUCAAGCUACGCCGAAGACCAGCCAAAUUUAAAUCCAAAUAAAACAGUUAAAGCCGAUUUUCAUAACUUAGAUUAUGGGAUUUCAAAUAGUUCAUUAAAAAGUACAUCGCUAAAACUACGAGGAUAUAACUUUAUCAUCCCGAAGUGCGUUCUUAAGAAAUCAUAACGUGAAAUUUCAUUCUAUGGAGAAUCGGCUUAUACCAACUUCUCUCUAGCUUCUUUCAAAACACGGGCUUUGUGUUUGAUGUUAGUGAUUGUACGUUUUUUCCUGUGAUAUCAAUGAUAACCCUUUGAAUCUGCAAAUAAUCAUCUCUGACCUUCGGUCUUUUGCUACAUACAAGCGUUUUUUAUAUGCACCAACAAAGAUAACUGAAUGUUUUGUUGAGUUUUCUAUUUUUAAGUCGCUCUGAGUAAAAAUCUCAAUGUAAAGGUUAUCAGCUUGUGUGGAUCUCGCGUAUUUUCUUCUUAGGAUGUCAGCAGAAAUUCAACAAGCCGAAGAAAAAUCGAUACGAGAACUUCUCUCUGAGCGUUAUAAGGACUACUUAAACCUUUCAGAUGCGGAUCGAAUUCGCUACGUUAAUUUUUCAAAAGAACUGAACGCUGCAUUACAUGGUGAUGAUCCAUCAUCCUUAAAAAGGACGAUUGGUAAUCACAUCUUUUCUGAUCCUGAAAAGUUGAUUCGCAUGAAAUUACUAACUUUUCCUUUGCCACCAAAUGAAGAAUUAAUGGUGCGCCGGGUAAUGGACAGUUGUCCAUUUAAAGCUCUGUUAAGCUGCUUUGGAGGUUCAUUCAACUUCAAAUAACCACUAAAUAAAUAUAUAGGUUUUGUUUUGGGCGGUAUCUUUGGGUUGUUUUCGGCCAGUGUGGACCCAAUGAGCACAGUACAUGGUGCGGAAAUUCCAACUACUCGUCAAGUUAUGAAGGAAAUGUAUUCCCGUUCAUUAUCACAUGCCAAGAGUUUUGCUGUGAUUGGGACACUUUUCGCUGGUACUGAAUGUGCUCUUGAGAGUUACCGUGGCAAGAGUGAUCUUCUGAACAGUACAUUGUCGGGUGCAAUCGUCGGUGGUGGGAUAGCUGGUUUACAAGCUGGUCUUUUGGGAGCUGCCGGUUUCUCAAUAUUUUCUACUGCCAUCGAUUACUAUUUUAGACACAAAAACUAGUCGUUCUUGACUCAGUACUUGUACAGUUGUAGUAAAAUAUAAUGAAAUAUUGCACAGAGUUUCUUUUCAUUUCGCCCUGUUUAUCCCGUUCGUUUAUCAAGUGUUUGUUUUCAGAUAAAUCACGGUCGUUUGUCGGAGAUGAGUCAUAAAAUUAAGUCGGAAGUCAGCUCAUAUUACAAACACGAUAAGGUUACUGUAAAUCGCCGCAGAAGUUCUAGCAUUGAUAGUAACGAUGAUAAAAUGUCUUACGUCAGUCGGUCGUCUAAUCAUAAACAUAGCAAGACUAAGUCUCAUAGUUCGAUUAAGUCAACAACCCAUUCAGAACAUAAGACAUCCCACCAUUCUUCCAAAAAGAAAAGAAAAAAGCAUAGGAGGUCAUCAUCUAACUCAUUGUCCUCUUCAUCAUCAUCGUCGUCAUAUGACAAUCGCUCUGAUAAUGGAACCACGAAGAAACAUACAUCAUCAGCCGCUGUUCCCAAGGAAUUGUUAUCUCUUUCACUGGAAGAAAUACAAAAGAUUAGUGAGGAAAGGCGACAAAAGAAGGCUUUGAUGAAAAUCCUGGAAACACCAGAAGAGAAACGAGCUAGACGUUUAGCUAAAAAGGAAGCUAAAGAACGUUGGAGACGUGAACGAAUGGGAUGGGAUAAAGAGUAUUUAGGUUAUACAAAUGAAGAUAAUCCAUUCGGUGAUCAUCAUCUUUCUGAAUCAUUUGUCUGGAAACGGAAAUUAGAACGACAAGGAUUGUCACAUUUAUCCAAAGAGGAGCUUCAAGUCUUACAAAAAAAGAAAAUGCAAGAGAAUAAAAUGGAAUUGGAAGCUGUUCGACGUAGACGUAUUGAAAGAGAACGAGAACGUGAACAGCAUGAAAAAGAAAUGGAAAUGAUGCAACGAGAUAAAGAAGCAGAAUAUUAUCGAUCAUGGGAACAACAAGAAGACCAUUUCCAUUUACAACAAGCUAAAUUACGUUCUCGUAUUCGUAUUGCUGAUGGACGUGCUAAACCAAUUGAUUUGUUAGCAAAAUAUAUAGCUGACCAAGAGGAAGAUCCAAUGGAAUUUGAUAUAUCAGGUGUAGUAGAAAUUUUGGAACCGACACAAUUUCUUGUUGGCUUAGGUAUAGAAGAUUUAGAAGAUUUACUUGAAGAUAUUAAGGUAGUGUAUAUGGAAUUAGAAAAAGGUUGUAAUGCAGAAUAUUGGCGUGAUAUUACAACUGUUGUUGAAGAUGAAUUAAAUAAAUUGCGUCGAUUAGAAGAAAAUAGUGGAGUAGCUGGUGCAUGCGGUGCCGAUACCAGAGGUCGUAGUUCGGCUACUAUUAGUCAGUCUGUUAUGCAAAGUGUUGCUGAAACAUUAAAGGGUAAAACAUACAAUCAAUUAAGUGCAUUAGAAAAACAAAUUGCUCCAAAGCUACGUGGUGGUGAAGGUGUAGAUGUAACUUAUUGGGAGACAUUAGCUCAAUUUGUUCGUGCUCAAAUGGCCCGUACUCGUCUACGUGAUAUGCAUCAAGACAAUCUUAAACGUAAAUUAGAAUGUUUACGUCAAGCUCAAGGUAUUGUCUCAGAACCAUUGUUUCCUAGUGCUGUUGUUGCUAAACAGCCAAAUGAUCAUGUCGAAUUGGACAUUGAACAACCUGCUCAAUCUAUUGAAGAUGAAAAUGAUCCUGAAAAUUUCAUCCCACCUCCUUUACCUCCGAUUGAAUUGAACAGAGACGGUAAUCCAGUUAGUAAUAAUGCUAUUGAAGACUUACAUAGCGCUGAAGCUAUCAAAGCUGUUCGUGCAGCUGAACUACAAGCGGCUGCUUUGAUUGAAGAAGAAUCGUAUAAUCCGUCGAUUUAUUCACCACCACGUAUUAAUCCGGAUGAUUUAGAAUUGGAUGCCGUUAUUUAUAAUCCAGAAGAUGACCAAGCGAAAAUUGAAUAUCAGCGUCAAGAAGUCUUACGUACAGGAACGAUGCAAGCUACUGAAGAAGAAGAGCUUAUAAGGCGAGCUAGAGAAGGCAUGGAAGAUGGUGAAGAUGCACAAUUCUCAGUUAUGAUUCCAGUUGAAGAUCAAUCUUUCCUUUGGUCCGAUAAAUAUAGACCAAGAAAACCACGUUUCUUUAAUCGUGUUCAUACUGGUUUUGUAUGGAACAAAUAUAAUCAAACACAUUAUGAUCUAGAUAAUCCACCGCCUAAAAUUGUUCAAGGCUAUAAAUUCAAUGUUUUUUAUCCGGAUUUAAUUGACAAAACUAAAACACCAACUUAUACAUUAACAUCAUGCGGUGAAGCAGAGAAAGAUUUUGCUAUUCUACGUUUUAUCGCUGGACCACCAUAUGAAGAUAUUGCAUUUAAAAUUGUUAAUCGUGAAUGGGAAUAUUCGUAUAAACAUGGAUUUCGAUGUCAAUUUCAAAACAAUAUCUUUCAAUUAUGGUUUCAUUUUAAACGAUUUCGUUAUCGUCGAUAAUAGAGAUGAAAAUUACUUUAUACUACUUAAACUUUUCAAAAACUUGUAUAUUCUGUAUUUUCACAUUUGUUAUUUAAUAGAAUGUAUAUUUUGAACUUUUUUUAAUAUUUUGAAUUCAUAUAUAUUGCAUUCAAACUUGAUCAAUAUAGUAACGCGGUUUUGUGAAUUUUUCUGUUAUCACAUACAUGUACUGACAACUACAUUCUAUCCGUUUAACGAUAAUGCCCGUCGAUUACUGAAUAUAAACAAAGCAUGUUGUAAGCAAGUCGUGUGACUGAUUCAUCAUCAUUACAUUGGUUCGUAAUACAUCACUUCAUGCUUAUUUCAUUUAGUGGUACCUCUGAAUACGUGAAAUCCUAUUUCAACACUGAUGGUUAAACAUCUUUGGUAUUUUAAUGUUGUCCAUUGUUAUUAGGAAUGUUGAUUAAAUGUAAAUUAGUAAGGAAUUUACUAUUCUGUCAUAGAUUCGAAGUGGUAAGGGACUGAUUUUUUUGUAUGUUGAUAAUCUGUUCUACUUAUCAAGAAAUGAUAUAUGUUUCCAUUGAGAACUUAUUAACAAAUCAAAACUAAGAUGAGUGAAUUCAUAUCUAUAUGUUGAUCUGGUUGAAAAAUUGUCAACAGUGAAUUACAGUAGCCUGUUUUUUUCACUCACUGUCGCUUAGCCUUCGUUUGUAACGAAACAAUAUAUCAAGACGUAUGUCGAUUUAGAUAGUUGAUCUGCAUUUGUCAAUAAAUAAAUUACAUAUAAAAAAUUAUUUUAUUAUUUAUUUUAACACAGAUAUUGGUACAAGGAGGCACCAGAUACAUAUGCGUCACAUAGAUCGCAUUUGAUAUGUGUGAGGGCUGUGAUA